AUGAGCACUCCGCAUCCUUCGAAGUUGCCUUUGGAGUUGUUUCCAGUAGACACAUUUGCUCCGGAUAGAUAUUGUGUCAAAACGAGGGAGCAGCUUGUUGUUGUUCACGACUAUUGUGUGGAUGAACGUAUAACGACCAUUUUCAAAAUUGCAUACGACUUUAGUCAGUUGGCUGAUAUCAUCGAGUUUGAGCAGUUGUUGAAGCUGAUAACACCUGGUUACUAUUCCAAAUAUGAGAUACAAAUUACAUUUGCUCCAACUUGUUGCUACAAAAUCAACUUGCAACGGUUGAACAACCUCUUUGCAAACAUGAAAUACAAAAUCACUUCGUUAACAAUUGACAAUGAGAGUGGCACCACCAAGGUAAUGGGAAAAUUGGAUCCCUCCAACUUCAAAAAUCUUGAAAAAUUGAACUUGAACAUGGCUCUGUUUGAGGGCUCAUUAGUAAAGUGCAGGAAAUUGAAAUGGUUUACUUAUAAACCGGCCGAUAAAAAUGAGGUAUUUCAGCUCCGCCAACUUCCAAGAUCUUUGAAGGGUCUUGCAUUGGCACACUUGUCGCAGCUAGUUUGGCCUCAAGAGAUGGAUUUGUGGGAUCAUUAUCCCUCGUUAGAAGAAAUUGCGUUGCAAUACAAACCUUCAAGUAGACAACUGAAAUUGCCCGAAGGUGUUGCCAACGUCAUAAAAUACAUGACAUGUCAUGACACAAGCGUUUUCAAUUUUGAAGCAAAUGAUCGAGAUGAUGGAUACAGUAAGGAAGUUUGGAAAUUGUUGGCAGAUGCAGCACAGAAAAAGAAGUUUGCUUUGUCGCUGUUACAGGCCCAGUACCUUGUUACUUCGCCAAUAGAGACGUAUCCACUCAAAAAUUUGGAUAUUGUGGCUAUUGCUGAUCCACAGGUAUUGACACUGCUCACAUUUCCCCCCUCAUUGGAGUCAUUGAGAAUUGCAUGGAUUGUUGAAUGUGCUACCACGGAGCUAUUUAGAGCUUUACCACGCGGAAUAAAAAGCCUAAAUCUCCACUCCUGUUUGUUUUCAGAUUCCAUUGAGUUGUUAAAGUUGGACGACAAUUUUGUGGGCUCAGUUGAGAACGUGCAUUUUCCCAAGAAGUUGAAGUUUUUAAGUAUUCUGAAGAAUGGAAUUGAAAAGCUUUGCUAUCCCGAUUUCCCAAUAUCACUCAAGGAACUUACCAUUUCGAUGAACAGAAUCAAAGAGCUUGACAUUUCCAAAAACAAAAAUGGUGAGCUAUUGAACAUUGAAGUCUUGUACUUCAAGGGCAACAAAUGCAAAGUGAAUGAUUUGAGCUGGUCCAGGUUUCCUCAAAGCCUUAUUGGGUUAACACUCGAAGAUUACAAAUUUCGACACCCAAGUUAUCAUUUUGGAAGCAAAUUGCAAUAUUUGCGCAUAAUGGAAACGGAUCUAAUCAUGUUGAAAUCGCUCUCAUUUGGCAACUUCACAACCAUAAAGUAUUUGUAUUUGCCACAGUGUAAUAUGCGCAAGUUGGAUAUUGAAAUUCCUCAAACUGUAGUUGAGCUUGAUCUUUCAGCAAACAAAAUACCAAAUUUCCCCACAGAGUUAAGCAAGUUGAGAAACUUGCAAGUGUUGGAUAUGUCGUUUAAUGAUAUUAGCAAACUCCAGGUUGAAUUUGAAUACAACACAAUCGAGGUUUUGAACUUGAGAAACAAUGACAUAGCCGAUAUUGAGUUAAGUUUUGCAACACCGGUCACCAAAUUGAAGCUGUUGGAUUUGAGUCACAAUUUGUUGAAACAUCUUUCCAUGAAAGCAAUUGGUCAAACUGAAGAAACACGGCACGCUAAUUUGUACGAGAUUGUCCUUUCAGGGAAUGACGUCACUUCGAAGGACAAUAUUGGUCCUUUGAUUGAUGACUUGCCGGAGUCCUGCCAAUGCUUGUGGGUUGAUACUUAUAAGGAUUCUGAAAACACCGAGAUUAGCACGUUCAAUCACUAUGCAUCUAACGAAUAUCCUAACAGAUUGGUCCAAAACAAAGACGUGUCAACCAGUCGCAAGAUAUUUGGCAAGGAUAUCAGGAUGGGGAUUCUUCCCGAGAAAAAGGAUAAAAAGCCAGUUGAUGUUCCGCCGGUUUUUUUCACGAACCAGGAUCUUCGCUUCUAG